CGUUGAAAUUAAAGAAGCCUGUUGUUGGGUUUGCUAGCGUUUUUACUUCUCCACCUCCCUUUAGAUCAGACCCAGUGAUGGGUUGUCAUGUGAAUAUGGAAAAUGAGUCUUUCUACAAUCGUUUUAUAUGUGCUGUAGUGCAACCAUUACGACUUAACUGGUAUUCUCGAGAUAAUUUAAAUUAUAUCAAUGCUAGAAGAGCAGAAGUCGGUGUUCGUAAAUAUCAUGACUUCAGAGAAAGAGCAAAUACUUUAUUUUUAACUGAUAGUUUCUUUGGAUUUGAGGUUCCAGCCGCUUGGCCUCCAAUUCAUCAAGAAAUUGGACCUAUUUUAACUGAUACCUUUCCAAGCUUAUCUUCCGAUCUCGACUUAUUUCUUUUCGCACAUCCUAGAACCAU